GUCCGAUCAUGUUCAUACCUCAUGCAUUCGCGCUUUGCAACGACGCGGCGCCCUACGAAUUGGCAUCUUCGCAUCAAUUUUUCAACACACCGCCGCGGCGCCCCGCUGAUCAACCCUUGACACUUUAUUAGUCGGCUGGAAUUGCACUAGAUAAUUCGCUUGCCUGUGUGUUCGGUGACCUGAACAGGCGAAGAGACGCACCCAGCUUUGCACAGAGCUGCCGACAUCAUGCCGUCAGUAGAGGCAUCAUUGGACAAGGCCGCACCUUCAGCGUCGCAAAUACCGCCAGAGCCAUCGUCUCCUUUACCAAAUGAAAGCCAUGCAUCGGCUCCAGCACCUCGUCUCCGCUCGAUAAUUCCUAACGAGAAAAUCGAUCCUAUGGUUUACACGUGGUCCACCCUCUUUAAAUGCCUGGUAGGGAACUGCACCGCCAAGGAGCGCGAACAAUACCUCACAGCGCGAGAUAUCGCAAGAGAAGAGUCAGACUGCAAGCGCUGCGAGGACUUUCGUGAUUGGAACUUCAAACACUCGCCUACGGUGCGCUUCCUUCGCGAGCAGAUUCGGACCGUCGGCCCAGAUUUGAAACCCGAGAAUGUACACUGCAUGCGCUGUCCGUGGGACAGAAAGGGUGGUUUCGAUCUGAACUUUGGGAUUUUGCUCUGCGCAAAUCAUUUGACAACGAGAAAGAGGCUGGAGGACACGCUGGCGCACGAGAUGGUUCACGCGUACGACUACUUGCGGUUCGAAGUCGAUCCCCAAAACCUGAAGCACCAGGCUUGCACGGAGAUUAGGGCGUCGAUGCUGAGUGGGGAGUGCAGAUUCCUAGAGGAGUGGCUGCAUCGCAAGCAGUUCAGAAUCACAGGAAAGGAUGGGAUGGGCCAGUUCCAGGAGUGUGUGAGGAGGAGGGCAGUGCUGAGUGUAAUGGCAAGAAAGGAGUGCAAGGACAAGGAAAUGGCAGAGUCGGCUGUUAGAGAUGUGUGGAGCAGCUGUUUUGGUGACACAAGACCUUUUGACGAAGUUUAUCGGUAGUUGCAAUUUGUUGUGAAGAUGUAUGGCUUCAUUCCGCAUAGCGUACGGCGUUGGUGGAAUAUACAACGAUAAGAGGAUAUGUAGAGAGGUUAUUCUUUUUGUACUUUUAGCGAGCUUCACUUGCUCCGAAAAGCAGAUUCCACUCAAGAGCAAGCGAUUAAACGGUAAAAUGAGCGUCGGAUUCGUUUUUUACUGAAUUGUACUAUCCUCUCUUUACAACAAACAUCUU